CGCGAAGCGAUAAUAAAUAGUACAAAAAAAUAAGUCGUUAUCAUUAGCGUAAUUAUUGACAAGGUCAGUUAAGUAAGAUAUUAGAGGUCACAUCAGCUAAAUCGCAAUAACUUGAGAGACCUCAGUCCGCUGCGAUAGCUCUGAGAAAAAUGGGGGCACCAGUGAUGGAUGUGAUUGUUGUGGGUUGUGGUGCGUCAGGGAUAGCUGCUCUGAGGAAGCUUCAUGAUAAUGGUCUGAGGGCUAUUGGAUUGGAAGCCGCUGACAGAAUCGGCGGUAGAAUUCUAUCUAUUCCAUUUGGCAAUAAAUAUUUAGAUUUUGGUGCUGCCUGGUGUCAUGGCGAAAAGGAUAAUAAAGUUUUCGAAAUGGCAAACAAAUUGGACCUUCUUGGUAGGUCGGAGCCGGAUGACAAGUGGUUUUUAUUUUCUAACGGGGAUCCUGUACCAGAUGAAACCAGUCAAGGAAUUCUUCAAGCGCUGAAUGAUGAACUGUCGAAGGCCAAUAAAAAUAAUACACUGUCGAUAUCCGAAUGUAUCCGAAAAGCGGCGAAAACGAACUCUGUACUGCGAAAAGAUCCAAGCUUGACGCAGAGCUUCGUGGAAUGGUUCGAAAGGGACAAACAAGUCGGAGGUCAGGUUGACCCCAAAAAAGGCAAGUCCUUGAGGGGUUUAGAUGAAAUGCGAGUGUGCGAAGGUGACUUCAUGCUUCAUUGGAAAGGAAGAGGAUACAAAACUAUCUUCGAUAUCUUGCUGAAUAAAUAUCCGGAUGCGUCUAAAGAACUGCCGAUACAAAUUCAUCUGAACAAAGAAGUUGAAAUUAUAAAAUGGAAGACAAACAAACCGGAAAUUGAUUCUGGCAAACCUUUAGUGCAGAUUAAAUGUAAAGAUGGCAGCUUGUACGCCGCGAAAAGUGUCAUUGUCACUGUAUCGGUUGGCGUUUUGAAAGAGCGACACGACAUAUUGUUUAAUCCGCCGUUACCGAAAGAGAAAAUCAACGCAAUAAACAAUCUACAGUUAUGUGUUUUGGACAAAAUAUACGUCGAAUUCGACAAGGCUUGGUGGCCGAAAGCACCAGCCAGUUUCACUGUUCUGUGGACUGACAGAGAUAAAUCUAAAUUCUCAACUAACGAGAAAUGGCUCACGGAAAUAUUCAGUUUUAUUUCUAUCGACAAUUAUCCGAAUAUUCUACUGGCUUGGAUAUACGGCGACGGAGCGGUGCAAAUGGAGAAAGUCAACGAGGAAGAUUUCAAAAACGGCGUGAUGAAACUGCUGAAAGUAUUGUUCGGUAAACAAUUCAAAAUGAGCCCCGUGAAGUCAGUAAUGAGAUCUCAAUGGGCAUCAAAUCCGUUAGCUCGUGGGUCCUACUCGUACAGGAGUGUUGCCAGCGAGGAGAUCGGUUGCGGCGCCGUGGAGCUCAGCGAGCCAUUGUAUCACGGUGAUAAUUUCCCCGUCGUAUGCUUCGGUGGUGAAGCCACCUCCCAUCAUCAACACGCCUCAGCCCACGGGGCUAUCGAAGCAGGUUUCAGAGAAGCCAUGAGAUUGGUAGAUAAGCUUAAAAAAUAAAAAUCAUUUUCAUAAUAUAAAAGAUUUUAUUAUCAUUUUGUUUGUUUCAAUAAAAGUUAUCUUAUUA